AGUACAAAUCUAUUACCUAAUAUAAAAUUUCUUACAAAUAUAUUUAAUAUUUAUAUAAUUUCUAGUGUACCUGGAGUUAUUGUAACAAGUUUAGCUUUAAUGAAUUCCAAUAGAAAUGAAAUUAAUCAAACAAAUCAAGUAAUAUCUAGUUAUAUUCAAGGAACCAUCGUGGUAAUUACUGUUAUAAGUUUACUUCUGACAGUUUCUGGCUUACUAGGCUAUUGUCGUCAUUCGAUUCCUAAACUACCGCUUUGGAUAAAGAAAGAAAACUCUUUGAAUUCUGAUACCAACGUUCAUACACAUUCUUCUUCUUCUUGUCUUAAAACUCGAUCUUCACAACAAGAGAAAUCGGAAUCCAAACCGUCUCUUAAUGUCGAAGAACAAUUGCAGAAAUCAGUAUUAAUCAAUGCUUUACCAGUAUGUCUGGCAUUAGAAUGGAAAAAUGUAGAAAUAACAAAAUGUAACUUUUCUCAAAUUGGAAAUAUACAAAGGCGCAAAAUUUCGGAGGAAGGACAACACGAGGACUUUCAGAAUCACGAUGAAGAAUAUAAUAGAUAUAUUUUAUUAAUUGUAUUCCAAACAGUUGCCAUGACAACAAAUUUGCUUUCUUCUAUAUGGAAAUUAAUCGGAGACAAAGAAUGCGGCGUAUACGUGAUUUUGCAGUUUUUAGAUGCUUUACAGAUUUAUGGCCAAGGUUUCAUUAUUUUUUGCUUAUUUCAUGUAAAUAUAAAACCUCUUUGGAAAAACUGCAUAUCCAGAUGCCGAUUCAAGCUACAGAUUUAUUCAUCAAAAUCGAAUGAAGAGGAAUUU